GAGAAAUACUUUGGCUUAGUUUGUAAAGGGAGAUCAAAUCAUUUCACUAUUGAGUCAAACAUGCCUAGAUGUUCAAUAGAGCAAUGGGAGGCACUGUUCAAGGCUGCAGACAAAGACCAAAGUGGGGCUCUGGAUGUUCUGGAGAUGAGAGACAUGCUACGUCGGGGCAACAGCAAAAUGACCGACUCACAGGUCGCUGAUGCUUUUGUUUUCUUUGAUGGACCAAAGGGAGAUAGGAAGAUAACUCUAGAUGAGUUUGUAAAAGGAAUGAACAGAUUAGAAGACUUUCUGGCCAAACUGGCAGCUCUCUUUAAGAAAUAUGAUGCUGACAACAGUGGUUACCUGGACAAAAAUGAGCUGAAAAAAAUUCUGGAAGCAUCUGGCCACAAAUUUACAGACCAAGAGACAAAUGAGAUUUUGAGAAAUGCUGAUAAAAGUGGGGAUGGUAAAAUAUCUUUUGAGGAGUUCAUGGAUGCUUGUGCCUAACUGGCAAUCACCUCAUUCACUAUUAAUAUGAUACAUUUUGCUCAAAGUAGAUUUUUUUUUUUAAAUUUUGUAAGAGAUUAACAGUAACUACACUUUGAUAAUUUUUUAUUUUGAGAUUUACUUUUAUGUCAUAGCUUAUUAGAUUUAAUAAAAAUGUGACUAUAAUAAUAAAUAGCAUAAUGUAUUUAUUCUUAUAUUGGUGAUAAUUAAAACCAAUAGCAAUUAUCUGUUUUUGAAAAAAAUCAUUUUCAUAGAAAAAUGAAAUAAACAUAUAGCACAUGAGAACGGGUAUCAAUUAGAUAUUUUAUACCUGAGUAGUAGAGUAUGUAGCUUAGAAGUUCUAUAGAAGUUUAAUUCCUAUUGCUCAAAUCAAAAAGGAAUCAAUAUACAAAAAUACAUUGUAUAAUCAUGUAUAAUUAGUCAAUAUCCAUUUUUAUUUUAGUUUUUAAAAAUGAUAAAUUGUCAUUUGAUAGAUGCAAUUAUCAUUUUAGAUUUUUGUAAGAAAACAAAAAAAAAAAUAGAAAGAAGGGUUGAUAGAACUUUGACUUUCAAAAAUAAUUCUGCAUUUAAAAAAAAUAUGUUUGCUUUUUUCAUAUUCAUAUAUUUCAUUUUAUAUGAUUAGAAGUAGAUGUGUUCAGAAUGCCUGCUGUCAUUAAACAUUUAUUUAUAAUAAACAAUUUAUUGGGGAAAUAUGCAGAGAAAAUGCAUUAAAAAAAAUAAAAAAAAAUAACUUGUUUUUUUUUUUAAUUUAAAAAAGACAAACUGUAACUUUUAUUCAAAAAGAAAUAAUGGCAUUUGAUAGUGGCUAUUUGAAAUACAUUUUUGGAAGUAUUUAUUACAGAUGAAAACAAAAUUUUGCCACUGUAAAUCACUAUAUGCAAUAUGAGAUAUUUUAAUAUUGUGCAUUUGAAACAUUUUCUGCCACUGUAACUGCCAAUAAAUUGAUACUAGCUGCUGAUUCCUUCACUUGCAUGCUGGGAUAGGUUAGCAUCUUGAGUACAUUUUUUUUCUCUCACAUUCUUUAAGUCCAAUAAAACUAUUGGUGCUGAAA